CGCCACUCUGUCGGGGUGUCACUGUGGAAGCGAGGCAGGUGUUUUCCUUUGUAAAUACUGUUAUUUGUAUAUACUGUAAAUGAUGACUUCAGUGGGCAGUAGCCGUGCCCGGGGCAGCUUGGAGCAGACACAGACACAGAACCAGACACAGCACAAGCAAAGGCCACAGGCAACGGCGGAGCAGAUCAGACUUGCACAGAUGAUUUCAGACCACAAUGACGCAGACUUCGAAGAGAAGGUCAAGCAGCUUAUUGACAUCACAGGCAAAGACCAGGAUGAGUCCGUGAUUGCGCUGCAUGACUGCAACGGGGACAUCAACAGAGCCAUCAACGUGCUGUUAGAGGGCAACCCCGACACUGACUCCUGGGAGAUGGUUGGGAAAAAGAAGGGCGUGUCUGGUCAGAAGGAGGGCGGGCAGACAGAUGUGGGAGAGGAAGGGAAGGAGAACAGAGAGAAAGGAGAGAGGGAUGUGGCGCGGCGCCGAGGGGCAGCCCCGCGCAGGGCCCGGGGGGCCAGCAGGGGGCGAGAGUUUCGUGCUCAGGAGAAUGGUCUGGAUGGGGCUAAGGCAGGUGGCGAUUCAGGGCGGGGCACGGAGCGCGGCCGCCGUGGCAGAGGGAGAGGCAGAGGUGGCCCUGGAAGGCGAGGAGGCAGGUUUUCAGCUCAGGGCAUGGGCCAGAUUGAUAAGGGGGCAGGAUGUGAUUGUUCAGGAGAUGAGAGAACAUUUAACCCAGCGGAUUAUGCAGAGCCAGCCCAGACUGAGGAGAGUUACGGAGGGGGCAGCACCUGGAACAGCACGUCCAUCUUGAAGCCUGACAACGGCACCAGGCUUGAGUUCCCUGGGGUUGAGGGAACAGAUUAUCCCAGAAAGUUUGACUCUGCUCAUGGUGCCUGGAGGACAGCCAAUGAGGAGUGGGGCACCGAGGACUGGAAUGAAGAUCUGUCAGAGCCUAAGGUCUUCACAGCCUCCAAUACAUCCUCUGUGACCCUGCCCCAGGAGAAUGUGACCAUCACUGCUGGCCAGAGGAUCGACCUGGCGGUGCUGCUAGGGAAGACGACCCCCUCCUCUUCCUCAGAGACAGAAGCUGCCGCUCUGGAGAGCUCCCAGCCACCCUCCCUCUCCCAGACACUGGUCUUCAGCAGCUCCAAGCAGGGUGGCCAGCUGUCGCAACCCACCUCUAGCGCCACCUAUGCCCAGCACAGCAUGGCCAGCAUGCUAAGCAAAGGCUUUGGUGAGGUGGGGGACCCCAAGGGGGGGAGCAGCAGGGCAACCAACGGCUCACAGUUCCUUGAGCAGUUCAAGACAGCCCAGGCUCUGGCACAACUGGCAGCUCAGCACUCUCAGACGGGACCCCCGAACCCCCCCACUUCCUCGUGGGACACAAGCUCCAGCUCUCUCGGACAGUAUGACAUGAAGCCCCAGUCGGAGCCUGCGGCCCACAGCCCCUUCACCAAGCGCCAGCCCUACCAGCCCACCUCCUCUAUGAUGGAAGCCUUCCUCCAAGACAAAGCACCCCCUCCUUCCUCUGUCUCCCCCUCCCUACACCCACAGACAGCCCCAACCUCCACGGCACCCGCUACCUCACCCCUCCCCAAGCCUUCUGCCCUGGGCUCCGGCCAGCAGAUGUCCCCUGGCUCCCCUGAGAACCAGUCCUCCAGCCCCCAGCCCCUGCAGCAGCACAGACUUAAACAGCAGAAGAAGAGGACCACCAUCACCAGCAAGAUCCCAGCACUUGCAGUGGAGAUGCCCGGUUCUGCGGACAUCCCUGGGCUGAACCUGCAGUUUGGUGCGUUGCAGUUUGGGUCAGAACCGGUGCUGCCUGAGUACGACUCAACACCGGCAACUAGCACCCCUUCCAGCCAGGCCCAGAACAGCCUGUACACCAGUAUGAGCAGUGAAUCUGCGUCCACCAUUCCCAAUCCCAGCCAGGACCAAGGCUAUCCGGCCAGCGCCCUCCCAGGGGGUGGCCCCUCCUAUGCGACUCCGACAAGUUCGGUGGGUGGGGUGGGGCAGCCCUCGCUAUACGAGCAGAGAGCCACGCAGACGCGCCGGUACCCCCCCUCCAUCUCCUCCUCCCCGCAGAAGGACAUGCAGCCCAGCAAGAAUGGAUUCAGCUCAAUACAGACGACACAGUCUGUGGAAGCUGCAGCGGGUUCUGCAGUGUCAGCGAAGUCUGUCUCCGACCCGGCUAUCGCCGUCUCCGUGCCCAGCAUGGCGUCUUUGACGGACGGCAGCACAGGCUCCACGUCGUUGCUAAGCGCGCCCAGUCAGACGCCCCUCAGCGCGCUGGGACACGGCGAGGAUCUUCCCCCAAACGCUGUAACUCAGCCUCCACACAGCAACACGCUCUCUUCGCAGCAGAACAGUUUGGCUCCCUCAUCCACAGUACGCACCACCACCUCCAGUCUGCUGCACCCGGGCGUGGACGGAGACUCCAGCCUGCACUCGUCCUCCUUCCCCGCCUCCGCCACACCCGUCUCCUCCUCCCCCUCCUCCAUCCCGUCCUCGGCGUCAGCCUCACUCAGUGCCCCGCCCCCCUCUGUCAGCACCGCCGCAGCCCAGCCCGGCCUGGGCCCGGUCAGCGGGCUGAACGCGGUCCUGAACAGCGCCGGCAGCGUGGGCCCCGUCACUGCCUCCACCGCUACCGCCUCCACCGUGUCCGCAUCCACGGCGGCAGCCGCCUCAUCGUCAUCGUCAUCCCGCAGCUCUACGGCGCUAUCAUCAGGGAAAGCUCCGCCAAAUUUACCGCCUGGGGUACCGCCCUUAUUGCCCAACCCCUACAUCAUGGCACCGGGGCUGCUUCACCCAUACCCACCACAGAUGUAUGGCUACGAUGACCUGCAGAUGCUCCAGACCCGGAUACCAAUGGAUUACUACAGUAUCCCCUUCGCCACCCCUACUACAGCACUGACCGGCAGAGAGGGCAGCCUGACCAGCAACCCUUACUCCGCAGGUGAUUUAACCAAGUUUGGGAGGGGUGACGCGCCUUCCCCGGCUCCGGCCACCACCCUGGCGCAGCCCCAGCAGAGCCAGACUCAGACGCACCACACCACCCAGCAGCCCUUCCUGAACCCCACGCUGCCGCCCGGCUACAGCUACACCAGCCUGCCCUACUACACCGGCGUGCCGGGCCUGCCCAGCACCUUCCAGUACGGGCCCGCCAUCUUCCCGGUGGCUCCUACCUCAUCGAAGCAGCACGGCGUGAACGCGUCGGCCACGCCCUUUCAGCAGGCCAGCGGCUACGGUUCCCACGGUUACAGCACUGGCUAUGAGGAUAUGGGCCAGGCUUCUGGGAGUGGGGAUUUCUGUAAGGGUGGAUAUAGCGCUGCCGCUGCCGCUGUUGCCGCCGCCGCCGCUGCUUCCGCGCAAAGCAAGCCGGCCAGCUCUGUCACCGGGCCCGGGGUCGGAGUUUCUGUGACGUCCAGCAACACUGGGGUCCCUGACAUCUCAGGGUCUGUUUACACAAAGACGCAGUCGUUCGAUAAGCAGGGUUUCCAUGCGGGGACUCCAGCAGCCUCCUUCAGCCUGCCCUCGGCCCUGGGCAGCGGGGGCCCCAUCAACCCCCCCGCCGCCGCUGGCUACGCCCCCGCCCCCUUCAUGCACAUCCUAACACCCCAUCAGCAGCCACACUCCCAAAUCCUGCACCACCACCUGCAGCAGGACGGACAGAGUGGCACCGGCCAGCGUAGCCAGAAUUCCUCCAUUCAGCAGAAGUCGCAGGUCAACAAGUCUGCUUACAACAGCUACAGCUGGGGAGCCAACUAACACCUGUCCUCCAAGCCCCGAAGCCUGACCCUCAUCUGCUCUGUAAUGAAUACACUGUCUCCUGCUGUGCUGAAUCCCCGGCUCUCUCUUCCUGUGACACAAUGGCAGCGCCCACCUGUACCACAGGUGUGGCUACACAGAGCAAGCGGGCGCUGUGGUGUGGAGUGGCAGGUGAAAAGCGUGUGUAGUGGAAUAGCACACACCAGAAGGAGAGCAUUUCUAAACCCAGUGCAAGAGUGCACUGAGGUAACUGUGGCCUCAACCUUCUCUUCCUCCUGUGUGUAACAUGGAGCUUUUUCCACAAAGGCUUUUUGGUUUCAUUUCCUUUAUCUUUUGGGGGGUGAGAGGGGUCCUGGUAUUUCUUUUUUUUUUUUUUGUAUGUUUUUCUCCCCCUCUCUCAGCUCCACCCUUCCUCCUCAUCUUGCCACAGAGUCAAAGUAAAAGUUGAUAUGUUUUGUUUCCUGGACGUUAUCAGAUUUAUUUUUAAAAGAAAGAGUAUGUGAAACCGGUAAUGCAGUUGUUAUGAAGUUUUAUUUUUUACCAAAAAAAAAAAAUAUAUAUAUA